GCCACGAAGACAGGCGGUAUCGUGCACGCCUCGCGUACAUACCCGCAGUCACCUUUCUCUCCUCGUGACCGUAGCACACGCUCUGCCGACGUCCAUGGCGCACUCGCGGCUCUGAACAACAGCGCCUGCACUGCUGCCCGCGGCUCCCGUAGGCUCGCUCGCCGGCGCGCUCGUCGGAGGGUAAAGAGAGGAAGAGGAAAACGCGCGGGGAUUUCCGGAGUGACGGUCGACCCCGCGAGGUCAGUUGGAUCCCGAGGGCACGAGCGAGUUUCGAAUCCCCGCGCCGGUCUCGCCCUCCCUUCGGCGCGCUCGGGGUGUGUGAGGGUCCGCGCGCGGAAAGGCAGAGGAUAACGGCCGCGCGAGAUCGCCCCCUUCGUCCUUGGACACCGGCACCGCGUCGUGAUUCCCGCGCCAGCGGCCAACGGAGGGAAGAUGAUAAUCGUGAGCAGCGUGCUGCUGAUCCUGGCGGUCGUGUCGAGAGUGGGAUGUCAACGAAAUACUCCGAGAAGCGCGAGAGCCAGCAGAAAUGAGGCAGUCCUGGAAUUCGAAUGCCCCGAGGAGUUCGGAUACUAUCCUCACCCGCGUGACUGCACACAGUAUUAUGUGUGUGUUUUCGGCGGCGCCCUGCUGGAGUCUUGUACGGGAGGACUUAUGUACAGCCACGACUUGCAGACGUGCGACUGGCCGCGAAACGUAGGCUGCCCGGAAGGAGAUUCGUCCAACAAGGAGGCCGAGGAGGACCCCCUGCUGGAGAGAUCCGCGAAACUCGAGACGCUGCAGGAUCAGCAGCAGCAACGGCAACAGCAGCAAUUGCGAGACCAGCAGCAGCAGCAGCAGCAACAGCGACCGAUCCAGAGGCAGCCGAUCACGGUUACAACUGCGUCGCCGCCGGUCUCGCAGAUCACCGAGAGGCUGAGGCAGCGACAGCACUCGAGGACGAAUUACCACGAGGACGAGUACGGGCCCGCCUCGGAGAUCGAGAACGAUCGGCAGCAACGGGUUUACCGGGGACAACCCUCGACGAUCGGCCAGGUGCAGCGCGAUCGUGACGGUCUGCGACGGAAUAUAAUAUCGGAGAGGGAGAAGGACAGCCUGGUAAGCGCACGUGCCCAAGCCGAAUCUCAUUACAGAACGUCCGUUCCAACCACCGAGUCGCCGAGGCUCGCCAAAACACUGGCCUCGACCGUGGCACCGGUCUUGUCUAAGGCUUACUACAGCGAUCCAGAUCAGAGUUAUCCGUAUUACACGAUUUACGACGACGACGUUUCCAUUUAUAAAGACGACGAUUACAAUCAAUACACCAUCAAUCAGUCUGUGCCGGUGCAACAACCGAACGUGAAAAUUAGCGAGGUGAACACGAAACAGUAUCAGAAGCCGAAGAAGGUCGGCGUGAACGAGGCGGACAAAUAUCUGAAUCACGACGAUUACGAUAUCUACGAGAAUCAGGCUCAGCUGAACAAGAACAAGUUCCGCAUUUCCGACGGUCAGCAGUUUAGGACGAACGUGCUCAGCCAUCCCGUGGUCCACGUGACGACGCCGAAUGUCAUCGUGGACACCUUCGUUCCACUGACCACGAGCACGCAGACUCCCAGCACGACCAGCAGACCUUACACCGUCAACGCACCGAGCCGAGGAGGUCGGCCGCAGCAGAUCCAUCGGGGCACCGCACCGCCGCGGUCCCGGCCCACCUUGAAGCCGUCCACCGAGAUAGUUUCGAAGGCGCAGGAGUUCAUUGACAUCUACAGGUAUCCUCCGGUGAGGCCGGCACCGAUCUACCCGACGCCUCAGGUAGACAAGCCGGCGGCCAAGUGUCGCAGGGAUGUCUGUUUGCUUCCGGAUUGCAGCUGCGGUGGCUCCGAUAUACCAGGUGACUACUUACCGGAGGAAAUACCGCAAAUCGUCCUUCUGACCUUCGACGAUUCCGUGAACGACUUGAACAAGGGUCUCUCUGCCGACCUGUUCGAGAAGGGACGAAAGAACCCCAACGGCUGUCCCAUCUCGGCCACCUUCUACGUGUCCCACGAGUGGACCGACUACAGCCAGGUUCAAAAUCUCUAUGCCUCGGGCCACGAGAUUGCCUCCCACACGGUCUCGCACAGUUUCGGCGAACAGUUUUCGGCGCGAAAGUGGGCGCGAGAGGUUGCUGGGCAGCGCGAAAUUCUGGCUGCGUACGGAGGUGUCAAGCUGGAGGACGUCAGAGGAAUGAGGGCGCCAUUCUUAUCGGUCGGAGGGAACAAUAUGUUCAAAAUGCUCUGGGAUACAAACUUCACGUACGACUCCUCCAUGCCCAUCUAUGAGAACCGACCGCCCAGUUGGCCGUACACGCUGGAUUACAAGCUCUUCCACGACUGCAUGAUACCGCCCUGUCCCACGAGAUCCUAUCCAGGAUUGUGGGAAGUUCCUAUGGUAAUGUGGCAAGAUCUCAAUGGAGGUAGGUGCUCCAUGGGAGAUGCCUGCAGUAACCCACCGACUCCGGACGGCGUAUACAAGAUGCUCAUUAAGAACUUCGAGAGGCAUUACACGACUAAUAGGGCGCCUUUCGGUCUGUUCUAUCAUGCUGCAUGGUUUACUCAGCCGCAUCAUAAAGAAGGCUUUAUAUCGUUUCUCGACACCAUCGUCGCGAUGGACGACGUAUGGGUGAUUACUAAUUGGCAGGCCUUGCAAUGGAUUAGGAAUCCAACGCCUCUGGCGCUUCUGCACACGUUCGAACCCUUUGGCUGCCACUAUCCGGACCGACCCAAGAAGUGCAACAACGCUAAGGUCUGCAAUCUUUGGCAUAAGAGUGGGGUGAGGUACAUGAAGACCUGCCAAGCAUGCCCGGACAUUUAUCCUUGGACAGGCAAGACCGGCAUACGCAGCAGUCGCAUCGACAACGAAAUCGACGCCCACGAAUGAGUUAUGCGGAGGGAAGCUUCAAACUUCGUUGCGAUCGGGGAGAGUCCCGUCGGACGAGCAGCGGACCCAGACAACGCGAAUAUCUAAAAGACGCGAUCGACAUCCUUAAACGAGGUCUUAAUCUCCUAGACGUGGGAGUCUCUUGGACGUCUGAGAGGGGCUCCCGAUCUCUGAGACGUCCGAGGGACAUCCGAAUCUUUCGGACGCGCUUUCGACGCAUUUUAAACGUGCAUUUAGACGUAGGCAUCUUUUAGACCUUCGCAUUGUUUGGGAAGCAUUGUGGUAGCGCGCGAGGGGAGACACCCUUCUGAUAGGUAACUUCAAGUAUUACACGCGGCGUGUCCGAACGGACACAUUCGGGCCGAGUACGCCGAUGUAAGUUUUACGAUGAGCAGGAUCUCGCAAAGUUCUCGUUUCACGCCGCGUCGGAUCAGAAUCGCGCCCGCAGCUGUGCCGGAUCUCUAAAACGAAUCGAGAUGUUAUGCGUCAACUGGCAAAUUCGUAACUGAACGGAAGUCUCGUAGGAUUCGUUCCGACAGAAAAAAAAAAUAUAUUUAUUACGUAAAUCCGCACUUGAACUAUUUUGCCGGUCAAAAUUUUUUCUAUCAGCGAUUAAGUGAGACGGUAAAUUGAUAUUGACAUAAAAAAAUGUCUAAAAGACGCGAUUAGAUCGGAGAGUGAUAUGUGAGAUACCGGAUUAGAUUAAAUUGAGUUAAAGAUAUCAUCGCGACGAGAGAAAGAGAGAUAUCGUGUGUACAAGAUCACGCGGAGAAUACCUAAAGUGUUCUGUUCUUUCCUUUGUCCCUUUAAAAUCCAGCGAGUGGGAGAUCGGUCAAAGGAUCGGUCUCUUGAGAGGACUUCCCUUUCUGUUUUUUCUGGUGUUACCGCCUCAUUUUUCUCUUUCACAACUCCGACUUCCCCUGUCCUUCCUUCUUUCCUUUUCUACGUCCUUCUUUCUCGAAUUCGCAAACAUCCUUGGCGUACUCGGCCAAAUUCGGCCAAAUAGAGCAAUUAAUUAAAUCGCAAUACGUAAUAAUUAAUCGUCGAGAUGUAAGUGUAAACGUCGUUCGCCGGAAACAUUCAUAUUUAAGCGAAACUCGCGACGGUCGUGAUCGAGAUUCAUCAUGCGCGGUGGUCACUUUGUGGAAAAUAGGGAAAAGAAAAACCUGAGAAAAUUUCACCUCGACGAAGUCGUCCGCACGAAGGGAUCGUCGUGUUUAUCUUCUAGAACGUAAAAAUGUAAUAUGCCUUUAAUAAAUAAAUAUUUCGC